AUGGCGAAGACAUUCUCCAUCCGCAGGCAGGAGGUAGUGAAUGAAGCACCACCAGUCACUAACCUAAAAGACCGAUGGCCUGCUCUUUUUGAUGCAGCUCAGAUAAAUGAAGAAUUCAGAAGGAUCACCACUAUUAACCUCGAAGCAACGUUCAUGGCAAAACUUGACCAGCACACAACAAAAAUAAUGUCCUUGGUGUCCUUAAGAGGAGGGGCUUCAAAAAUGAAUAUUCAGCGCAUAAGAAACAUGCUGCUAGAGGAUGAGUCUGUGGAAAAAAGGAGAGAGGUUGCUAUCCGUGGCUUAAUGGUGUAUCGCAGAGAAAAGGAGGAGGAUCUUUUCAAAGAGCAGUUGGAUGGUGGAGAUAUUGUCAAUGAAGUGAUGAAGAUUGUCAUAUCCAGAGGUGCCACCUUGUCUGAUCCAACCAGCGCCAGUAUCUUCAUUGAGGGAACAGAAGUCCUGCGAGACCUGGACGUACCCAGAGCAUGUGCCUUUCUAAUGGGGCUGAUAUACGGACUCAACCUCAGCUACCCAAAAGAACUGAAAAAUACUUUUGAGGUAUUUCAAAAAAUAUUCCUUGAGCUGGAUGGGUUGAAAGCCAGUCCGAAGGUUAUGUCUUUAAAAAGUAAACUGCUGUGCUAAAAAUGUGAGGAAUUAGACUGUCCUCCAAUUCAACAACAGGUUAUGAUGCACCG